AUGUCGGCAUCAGGAUCCGGAGCCCAGAACAAUGACUCGGGGGUGUCGAGCUCCGUGAAGAAGGCAUUCCCUCAAGUUGAUCUCCAGGGCAAUGACCUCCCCCCUUCACCAGCUCCGUCCAGCCCGCACGGAAGUCGCCGGUACAACAUUGCCACCGAGUUGGUCUACACCGAGGGCAGUGAUCAGUACAACGCGAGCAGUGUGCCAAUUUAUCAGAGUGCUACCUUCAAGCAAACAUCCGGAGGCGGCGGUGGUGAGUAUGAUUACACUCGGUCCGGAAACCCAACUCGCACCCACCUCGAGCGACACCUCGCCAAGAUCAUGUCGGCCCAGCGGGCUCUUGUCGUUUCCUCUGGAAUGGCUGCCCUAGAUGUGAUCACUCGACUUUUGCGUCCUGGCGACGUUGUCGUUACCGGUGACGAUCUGUAUGGUGGGUCACACCGCCUGUUGAAGUACCUCUCGACCAACGGUGGUAUCACCGUGCACCACGUCGACACCACCUGUUUGGAGAAGGUGCAGGAAGUUCUGAAUGAGAAGACUACCAUGGUUCUCCUCGAGACCCCUACCAACCCCCUGAUCAAGAUUGUCGACAUUGCCAAGAUUGCCGCCGCUGCCCACGAGGCCAACCCCAACUGUCUGGUUUCCGUAGACAACACCAUGAUGUCUCCCUUGCUACUGAACCCACUCGAUCUGGGCGCCGAUAUUGUCUACGAGAGCGGUACCAAAUACCUCUCCGGCCACCACGACCUGAUGGCCGGUGUCAUUGCCGUCAACGACCUGACCCUUGGCGAGCGUCUGUACUUCCCAAUCAACGCCUCAGGUUGUGGACUCUCGCCUUUCGACUCAUGGCUUCUGAUGCGCGGUAUCAAGACCCUCAAGGUCCGCAUGGACCAGCAGCAGAGCAACACACAGCGUAUCGCCGAAUUCCUCGAGGAAAGCGGCUUCAAGGUGCGCUACCCCGGUCUGCGCUCGCACCCGCAGUACGAGUUGCACAACUCCAUGGCGCGCGGUGCAGGCGCCGUGCUCUCUUUCGAGACCGGUAAUGUGGACGUUAGCGAGCGUAUUGUUGAGAGUGCGAAGAUCUGGGCUAUCAGCGUUAGCUUUGGAUGUGUCAACUCUCUUAUCAGUAUGCCAUGCCGGAUGAGCCAUGCUAGUAUUGACGCGAAGACGCGGGCGGAACGCGCCAUGCCUGAGGAUCUUAUUCGACUGUGUGUGGGUAUUGAAGAUGUUGAUGAUCUUAUUGAUGAUCUUCGACGAGCGCUCGUCCAAGCCGGUGCUAUGAAUGUGACAUUGGAUGGAAUCUCUGCCAGAGUUGCAGUUUAG